UCACUUUAGAGUUUAGUAUCUUGUUAGUGUCAAUGGCGUAGGCUUGCGUGCGCACACGCAUGUGGUAUUGUGCUCUGAUUUGUUUUUUAUACUCGUACAUUUUCCGAUGGCAAAGUUCCUUUUCGUAGUGAGCCUGGCUUUGAUCAGCGUGGGCAUAUGGCUAUUCUUAAACGCGCAAACACCUGGCUUCCCCCCACAGCUGGACCCCAACGAGUGGUGGGGACCCUUGGAACUGAGGGGCAAAACAGAUGCCAGCAUCAAGCCCUUCGAAAUCAGGUUUGGCCAAGAGAUGAUUCGUGAUCUGAAAGAACGUCUCAAAAAUCAUCGUGAGGUCAUGCCACCCCUCGAAGAUGUCGGCUUCGAAUACGGUUUCAACUCCAAGCAACUGGACCCCUGGGUGAAGUACUGGGCAGAGGAAUACAAAUUCCAGGAGAGAGAGAAGUUCUUCAACAAGUUUCCACAGUUCAAAACGAAUAUACAGGGUCUGGACAUACACUUUAUCAGAGUCAAGCCUCAGGUACCUGCCGGAGUGACCACAGUACCACUGCUCUUGAUGCACGGGUGGCCGGGUUCCGUACGAGAGUUCUACGAAGCUAUUCCAUUGUUGACGAAAAAAGCUGAUGGAUAUGACUUUGUAUUUGAGGUCAUUGUUCCGAGCUUGCCUGGAUAUGGAUUUUCAGAUGCAGCAGUCCGUCCAGGAUUGGGAGCUGGCCAAAUGGGAGUGAUCUUCAAGAACCUGAUGAACAGGCUCGGCCACAAGCAGUACUACGUCCAGGGUGGAGACUGGGGAGCCGGCAUCGGCAGUUCCAUGGCCACUAUGUUCCAGAACGAAGUGUUGGGCUUCCAUUCCAAUAUGCUAUUCGUUCAGAAUGGUUGGACAUCUUUCAAAACCAUGAUUGGAGCAUUCUUCCCCUCCCUGGUGGUGGAACCUCACCUGGCGGACAGAAUGUACCCUCUGUCCAGAUACUUCGCAUACGUUCUGGAGGAGUUCGGUUACUUCCAUCUGCAGGCUACGAAACCUGAUACUGUUGGAGUUGCCCUCUCAGAUUCGCCCUCUGGUCUUCUCGCCUACAUACUAGAGAAGUUCUCAACCUGGACGCGCUUCGAACACCGUUCUCUCAAGGACGGCGGUCUCUCCUACCGGUUCUCCAAAGAGCAGCUGAUUGAUAACCUCAUGGUGUACUGGAGCACCAACUCUAUCACCACCUCAAUGAGGCUGUAUGCUGAGACCAUGAGCAAUAAGAACAGAGCGUUAGGCAUAGAUGGAUACACAACAACAGUGCCGACCUGGGCGCUACAAGCUAAGAACGAGCUUUUCUACCAGCCCCCCAACAUACUCAGCUCGAAGUUCUCCAACCUCCUCGGAGUCACCGUGCUGGACCAUGGAGGACACUUCCUGGCCUUCGAGCUUCCUGAACUCUUCGCCAAAGACGUCUACAAAGCAGUCAAGGCUUUUAAGGAUAGUAUGAUGUUCCGAAUACUUCUCGCUGUCCUGGUAGCAUUGGUAGCGGUAAUAUUAGUGCCGUUAUCCUACUUGUACCUGAAACCCGCGCCGCCUCUUCCCGACAUAGACCUACAUGAGUGGUGGGGCUCAGAAAUACUGAAAGACAGUGUUACUGAAGAAAUAAAACCUUUCAAGGUUCAAUUCAGUGAGUCGAUGGUUAAAGACCUCAAAGAGAGGUUGAGGGACCGGCACCCUUUAGCACCACCACUAGAAGGUGUUGCGUUCGAGUAUGGCUUCAACAGCAAACAGCUAGAGACCUGGCUCAAAUACUGGGCUGAGGAGUAUCCAUUCAGGGAGCGAGAGAAUUUCUUCAACAAAUAUCCACACUUCAAGACUAACAUACAGGGGUUAGAUAUUCACUUUAUAAGAGUGAAGCCAAAUGUUCCAGCAGGUACGGAAGUGGUGCCACUGCUCCUCCUCCACGGCUGGCCAGGGUCCGUGCGGGAGUUCUACGAAGCCAUUCCCCUGCUGACAGCCGUGAGCAAGGAUCGGAACUUCGCUAUCGAACUUAUUGUACCUAGUUUACCUGGUUAUGGGUUCUCGAGCGCUGCCGUGCGUGCUGGACUUGGUGCAGAUAAAAUGGCAGUGGUCAUCAGAAACCUGAUGCAGCGACUAGGCUUCAAGAAGUAUUACGUCCAAGGAGGCGACUGGGGGUCUCUGAUUGGCAAACUCAUGGCGACUUUCUUCCCUGAGGAAAUACUGGGCUACCACACCAACAUGCCCUUCCCAAUGUCACCAUGGUACACAAUCUCCACAGUCCUGGGUUCCAUCUUCCCCUCCCUGGUGAUCAGCGCUGAUCUGCAGGACAGGAUGUACCCGCUGUCGAAGAUUUAUAGCAACCUGCUCGAAGAGACGGGCUAUAUGCACUUACAAUCUACUAAACCUGAUACUAUUGGUGUGGCCUUGUCAGACUCGCCAGCAGGUCUCGCAGCGUAUAUGCUGGAGAAGUUCUCAACGUGGACCAGGAAGCAGCAUCGGAACCUCCAGGAUGGGGGUCUCACAUACCGCUUCACGAAGGACCAGCUCCUUGAUAAUGUCAUGGUGUACUUCUCGACCAACUCCAUGACGUCAGCCAUGAGGCUCUAUGCGGAGAGCUUCAACGCUAGAUAUGCUAGCUUGCGACUUGAUGAGAUCCCUUCACCAGUCCCAACAAUAUCAAUCCAAGCUAAGAACGAGCUUUUCUACGCACCAACAUGGGCUAUCACGAAGAAAUUCCCAAAUCUAAUACGCAACACAGCGUUGGGCGACGGAGGCCAUUUCCUCGCGUUUGAGCUACCUGAACUGUUCGCCAAGGAUGUCCUCAAAGCCAUCGGGGAGUUCAGGGCAUGGCAUAAGAAUAAUAAGACUGAAUUAUAAAGCCGGCGCUUCAGGCUUUUCAGUUUUCGCGCUUGUGGCCAACAGCAAACGGCAAGCAUCGGCCAACCACAGCUGGCUUGCCUACCAAUCGGAACGCUCCAAAGCGCUGCUUGGCAAGCAUACGCAGACAACCGUCCACAUGCUUGCUGUUUGCUGUUUGUCACAAGCGUCUGGCGCAGGCAUAAGAAGUAACCAGUCCCUGAACUUGAAACCAGUCAUGGCCAGAUGUUAAAAAAUAAAAUAAAUUAUUUUUUCUAA